AUGUUACUAUUAGAUUUUUUAUUAUUGAGUUUUCAUCUUUAUUCAUCUGUCAUUGGUGAAGUAUUCUGGGAAUACGGUAUUAAUGGUGUUGAUAAUUUAGACAUUGAUUUCACCACUGGCCAAGUUCCAGAUGUGAUGGAUUUUUGGAAACCAGUGAACCAUGAGGACAAUUCAGGUUCUUAUAAGCUCCCUGAAUUGACUUCUGAUGGUUUAUUGUUUGAGAUGAGCACCUCUCAAAGCUAUUGGCUGGGUGAUCAAGCAGCUAUGAAUGGUAGUUUUCCGAUUCAGAGAGGAACACAAGUAUACAAUAUUGACAUCAACAGCCAGAACGCGUAUGUUAUUAUAUAUGCUAAUUGUUGGAGUACACCAGUGCGUGGUAGGUGGUUGUGGAAUAUAUAUCCAGACCUGCAACAUGGAUUAGUAUCCCUGGUUGGCUAUGGAAAUCCUUAUUACACACAGAAUUAUCCAGCAAAUCCUUUGAAUUAUUCUAUAGAUUUAACUUCGGGCAUGAAUACUUUUGAAUUGAAAGUGAUAGAUAGUGGGGCUGACGAUUUGAAAUUCUUUAUCGAUGGAACUCUUGUAUUCUCUACUGAGACAUCAUCCCCAAGAUUUCUCAAAGAUUGCCCAUUAGGUUUUAUGAGUACCGGAAUUACGAUCGGGCCUCGAUAUAGUUAUGCUGAUAUGGAUUGCACCCAAUACCCUGAUCUUUGUUACAAUGGUACUUUGCCUGAAACAUACACCGCUGCUAAGCUUCACCUGAUCACUUACACUGAUAGUACCAUUCCGUUCUGUUUUAUGGGCGAUACAGAAGAGUCGAUGCAACUAUACUACAAUGAGUCUGCCAAUAUAUGUGUUGCAAACGACACCACCACUUCUUCGGAAUCUCCGCUGACAAGCUCAACAAGUACGAUUUUGCCAACCAAUACCACGUCCGGCCCGUCCACCACAACAGAUUCGCCUACUGAAACAUCAUCCACAUCAUCAAUUCUCCCAACUGAAACAUCAGGCUCACUGAACUCAACAACAACCUCAUCAAGCGGGCCAACUGAGACUUCUGGGUCAACAUCAAUCCCACCAACAGACUCAACCACAUCGAGCGGGCCAACUGCAACCUCUGGACCAACCUCAAUCCCACCAACAAACUCAACCACAUCUAGCGGGCCAACUGAUACUUCUGGACCAACAUCAAUCCCACCAACAGACUCAACCACAUCUAGCGGGCCAACUGAGACUUCUGGACCAACAUCAAUCCCACCAACAAAUUCAACCACAUCAAGCUUACCUACUGAAACAUCAGGGUCAACAGGCACACCUUUGCCAACAGAUUCCACAGAUUCAACAGAUUCAACAGGCUCAACAACAUCAAGUUCACCAACUGAAACUACAGGUCCAACAGGAUCUACUGCACCAACUGAGACUACAGGCUCCACAGACUCUACUGCAUCAACAAGUUCAACUUCCUCUAGUGAAACAGUCCCUCCAACUGAAACAUCAGGUUCAACAGGCUCAAUUUCACCUUCAUCGAAGUUGCCAACCGCAACUACAGGUUCAACAGAGUCAACAUCAACAACUGAUUUCCCACCAUCCAGCUCACCAACUGAUUUGCCAUCAUCUAGCACAUCAACAGGAACUUUGAAUCCAACAGAUUCGACCGUAUCUAGCAUACCACCUACUGGAACAGCUGCGCCAACGGAUUCAACCAUAUCAACUGGAUCGAUCCCUCCAACUGAAACAUCUAUCUCAACAAGUUCAACCGUGUCAAAUCCACCAACUGAAACAUCCAGUACAGCAGAAUCAACAGACUCAACCGACAAAAACCCGUCAACUGGAACAUCGGGCUCAACAGAUUCAACCGUAUCAAUUUCACCAGCAACAUCAGCUUCACCAACAGCAACAUCAGUACCAACCAGAUCAACCAGAUCAACCGACUCAACUCCUCUGAUAGACUCAACAUUAUCCAUUGUGUCGCCUCCAUCUACAGAAACAAUUUCACCAUCGCAACAAACACCUGGUUCCACUGGAUCAAGCUCACAAACUGAAAUAUCUAUAUCCACCGAAUCAAAUUCUCAGGAUACCACUUCCGGAGAUUCAGCAGCUACAAUAAUUGAAAGUAUGGGUGGGGUGGACAAUAUGCGUUUAAACAGUAUGUUGUUGGGGCUCGGGUUCUGGAUCGCUCUAAUUUUCCAAUAG